AUGGACAGGGGGCGAUUUUCGUUUCUACGAGCAACCUGUUUUAAUCGCGUGCGGUUUUCUAUCCGCCCCUGCUUAGUUUCCACAAUGCGUUUGAAACGAGUGACAGACUUGUUGCGGUUGCCGGCCGUAGUGAAGAUCGGCGCCCCGCUUUUCUUUUUCUUUUGCGCGCGUGGGGGAUUUGGCGGCAGACUACUUCCGAGAGUUCCCACCACAGAUUGCGGAGCGUUGUUGCCGGAAGGGGGGCGGCUUGCUGCACCCGCAAUGUGCUCGCAUGAGGGUGCACAUUAG